AAUUGCAGGAAUAGAUGAAUGUUUCCGGUGGAAAGGGUCGGUUCAUGGAUACGUGACAGAUUUACAUUUUAUCACAUUAUUAUCGUGAUAUUCCAAUUUUUUGGCGCUUUUAUCAUAUCUGUUGCUUCACCCUUCCUUCUCAGACAGGUUCUUCUUCCUUCGUUCGUGGAAUACACGAUACCACUACAUUUCAAUUUUGAGACAUGUCGCGAACAACUUGCUGGCAUUUGCUCUUUCCCCACUGCUGUGGUAGAUUUCUCAUUGGAAAAUCCAAAAUUAUCACCAGGAGAUAAUUAUGAAGUUAGCAUUGAAAUUGUCCUAUCAGAAUCAACGAUCAUCUCAAAUGUUGGCGUUUUUCAAGCUGUUGUUGAGUUUGUUGACCAAUUGAAUAUAAAAAGAACAUUUCGGAGGUCAUGUUUUGCGAAUAUACAUCAUGGUGUGAUAUAUCGCAUAGCUCAGUGGUGGUGGAAUUUGGCAUGUCGGACACUGUUCUUUCCUGCAUAUCUCUUUGGACUGCUAACUAUAUUUAAUGAUCGCCAGUUAGAAGUCUCGUUCACGAAUCGCUUAGUUGCCAGUGAUCUAACAAACAUUGCACUACUUUAUGUGCAACUUGAGAAUCGUUUUGUCGAGGUAGAAUCAGGAAAACUCUCGAUCAAGAUUCGUCUCGGUUUAUUACGUAUCUUCCUUCACAAAUAUCCAAUAAUUUCUUCUUUACUGAUUAUCACAUUUACAUAUUUCACGUGCCUGAUGGGAAUUACUCUUUAUUGGACGAUGCAAGCCUUUUUUGGUUUUUUCGCACUCUCUAACUUAAGCUGCACUUUCCCGAUGGACGAGACGAAGAGACCAUCUGCUUUACCCGACGUGUACACUGAAACGGGUGACUUAGAGUUGGAAGAGCUGGGACGUUCAGAAAUAGCUGAUAAAGCGACAAUCCUUAUUUGGAACGAUUUAAGAAGGGGUUCAGAUAAAGCUUCAGAAAGUUCCCUGCAUCUACGACAACAAAAUAAACGAAUGAAGCAAUGAUUUAGAAAUCCUCUACGGAUACCCAAACAUUGUGGAUUCGAAAGGCAUAACUUUUGAUGGUUCGAAACAGAACUCUCAUUGACGUAAUGUAGCCGUGCUCCUCAUUCUAGUUGGAUUGUUAUUAUAAAACUUUGUUUGCAUGUGAAUGUGAUACUACUGCUUGUGUUCGCUGAUUAAUGCUGUAAUAAAUUUGCGUUUAAAGUUUCACUGCUGUGCUGAAAUGUAGACGCGACGUUUUCACAUUGGGCCGCCAAAAAUGCA